AUGGAGCCACCCGAGACCCAUAGGACCUGGGUCCUGGAGGGUCAGGGUCCGGCCUCGCUGUCCCAGACAGCGUCAGUGAUGCCCAGAGGAAGGAAGCAGCAGCCCCAGACCCUGAAUGAGCAGGACGCCCUCGAGGCGCCUUCUUUCGCCCCUCACUCUGAGCCCUCCGAGCUGCCACCACGAAACGUGGCGUAUGCAGCCUCUAGUGGCAAGAUUGAGUAUAAAAGUCGAGAGCAGAGUCCAAACUCGGGAUCUGACAAGACGGCCGGGCUGCCCCGCAGGAUUAUCAAGGAAACCCAGCGUUUGCUGGCAGAACCAGUUCCUGGCAUUAAAGCAGAACCAGAUGAGAGCAAUGCCCGUUAUUUUCAUGUGGUCAUUGCUGGCCCCCAGGAUUCCCCCUAUGAGGGAGGGACUUUUAAACUUGAACCAUUCCUUCCAGAAGAAUACCCGAUCGCAGCCCCUAAAGUACGUUUCAUGACCAAAAUUUAUCAUCCUAAUGUAGACAAGUUGGGAAGAAUAUGUUUAGAUAUUUUGAAAGAUAAGUGGUCCCCAGCACUGCGGAUCCGCACAGUUCUGCUAUCGAUCCAGGCUUUGUUAAGUGCUCCCCAUCCAGAUGAUCCGUUAGCAAAUGAUGUAGCGGAGCCGUGGAAGACCAACGAAGCCCAAGCCGUAGAAACAGCUAGAGCAUGCACUAGGCUAUAUGCCAUGAAUAAUAUUUAA